AUGGCUUCACCUUCUUCCAUUUAUUCAAUUUCUUCGUCUACGUGGUAUUCAUCAUCUUUGGAAGAGGAUGCAAUUAUGCACAACAUGAUUAUGAACGCGGCUCAGGUGUUCAUGGCGGGUGAUGAAGCAUCGUCCCAACGGCUAACUAGACGAGCAAAAUUAAACCGAGACCAAGAAGCUGCCCACGAUAAACUAGUAGCCGAUUAUUUUGCCGACGAACCCGUGUACACAGCCGAUAUUUUUCGACCUUUCGAGUUUAAAGCGAAAGUACCGUUGGAUUUGAAUCCUAGGGUUGGAACCCAUUUGAACAAAGAUAAGAUAUACAUCUCCAAGAGUAGCUCAAUGAGUGUCAUAAAAGCAUACCAACAACAGUUCCAUGACGAUUUCUUGUUGUUUUUGAGGUCAUGAGCCAAGGAAAUGGUCAGUAAGGGUCGGAUGGUUUUGUCAUUCAUGGGUCGGCGGUCCCCAAACCCAUGUGCUGAUGAGGCUUGCUACUAAUGGGAGCUUUUAGCUCGCGCCUUGAUGAGCCUUGCUUUAGACGGACUUGUUGAAAAGGAAAAGAUUGAUUCAUUUAAUGCGCCUUACUAUGCACCAAGCCCGGAAGAAGUGAAAUGCCAAGUUGAAAAUGAAGGAUCUUUUGUAGUGGUUGAUGUUAAGUCAUUUGGGAUAGAAUGGGAUGCUGGUGACUGGACUAACUGCAAGAUAUGAAGCGGUAAUCGAGUAUCUAAAACCAUCCGAGCAGUGGUGGAGCCGAUGUUUGAGAAUCAUUUCCAUCUCGGGGCAGAAAUGAUGGAUGAGUUGUUUAGAAGAUAUGCUACCAUUGAUGAUUGUUUCAUGGAAACAAAAUUCAAGUACAUUAAUUUAGUCAUUUCUUUCGUGAGAAAGGACUAAUCUGGUAUCUUGUUCCAAAGUUUCCUUCUUCUUUUCAUACGUUGUAACUUUGUCCAUGAAUGAGUUAUGAGAAUUUCAA